GGCCAGUCUAUGUCGUGCCGCGUGAUGAUUCGUUGAUGUUGUUGUCACUUAUGUCUGAUUACUUUUCUGUUUAGUGUUUUGUCUCUACUUUAGUUGCUACAAAGUUGGUUAUGCAGCACCUAACACUAACAGCAAUACCGGCGAUCGAGAAACUCUCGAAUAACGUUAUAAGAGUGUUAGGCUGUAAUCCGGGCCCCAAAACACUGUUGGGGACAAAUACAUACCUAAUAGGAAAUGGCAAAAGAAGAAUUCUACUUGACACUGGAGUAGGAGGUAUCCAAGACUAUAUUAGUAACUUGCAAAAUGUGCUGAAAGAUAAUAAAAUUGCCAUACAGGAGAUUGUUAUCUCGCAUUGGCAUCCAGACCACAUUGGAGGCAUUGUUGAAGUGGCAGAGCUCUUGAAAGAGUCUGUGCGCAUCUCAAAGUACCCGCGGCAAGCAAGAGAUGAUGAAGAAAUCGGUGGAGGUCUAAAAUACAGUUUCCUGAAAGAUAAGGCUAUAAUAUCUACAGAGGGUGCAACACUAAGGGCUGUGUUCACACCAGGCCAUAGUGAUGACCACCUGGUAUAUGUAUUAGAGGAAGAGAAUGCAGUUUUCUCAGGAGACUGCAUCCUAGGAGAGGGUACAUCGGUGUUUGAAGACUUAUAUGACUACAUGAGGUCACUGAACGUUAUCAAGGGCCUUAAUCCAGAUAUAAUUUAUCCAGGUCAUGGCCCUGUUAUACGAAACCCUAUGCCGAAGAUAGAAGAGUACAUUAAGCAUCGGCUGCUAAGAGAAAGCCAAAUAUAUGAUACUCUGAAGCAAAGUAGUUCUCCACUCACUGCUAUGCAGAUCGUCAAAAAGAUAUAUGUGGACACCCCUGUCGUGCUGCAUAAGGCUGCAGAAGGCAAUGUCCUGCUUCACAUUGGAAAAUUGGUUAAAGACAAUAAAAUUGAUAAAUCUGUGGAUUCUGAAGAUGUAUACUGGCAAGCCAAAAGCUAAUCUAGUUUACUCUGUGGAUACUCUAGUGUUAAAAUCAUGGAAAAAUCCAAUAGGAUAAAUCCUGAAGGACAGUGGUCCAAUAAAUAUUUGAAAAUAAUAAGCGAGUCAAUAUAUCAAGUGUUAUAUUGUGAGAGUUUAAUUUACGUUAGCCCCUGUUGUUUACUCCUGUUAUCAGAGUUUAAUAAAAUUAUGUGAUUGAUUGUUUUAA